GUGAUGAUGAGCAAUUCCGUUUUGUCAUCACCGGACAUCUAUCGAACAAUAUAUAGUUCCUAAAAUGGACAUUCAAGAGGAACAACUCGGAGUAAAACUUGGAAAAACCGCUGAGGACGAAAAUGUUUCAAAGGAUAAAUUCUAUUUCGUCCUUAUUACGUUAUUCUUUUUGGGAACUGUCAGUGUGCUGCCGCUCACCUUUUUUACCACCGCAAAUGAGUAUUGGAUGUACAAGUUCCGAAAUACCACGUUCGAUCACGACGACCCCAACAACAGGACGUUUCUUCAGAAAAACUUUGCAACGUUGCAAGCUUUCGCUGUGUUGGCGCCGAUGGUUUUUGUCUACAUCUUAAGCAUAUUCGUAGGACACACUGUAAAAGCGCAGACCAGAGUCAUAAUCUUCCUGGUUCCUGUCGUCUUAGUAUUAAGUUUCCAAACCGUUUUGGUAAAGAUCGACACCGACGACUAUCAGUUGACUUUUUUCCUUAUGACGUCGAUAAGUUUGGUUGUAAUUAGCGUGGCGAUGAGCAUUGGUUCAGUCGGCUGCAUAACUCUAGCUACCUGUUUUCCGACGAAUUACGUCAAGUGUUUUUUGGUCAGCCAGGGGUUGGCUGGGAUUUUCACGUCAACCAUAAGAAUAAUGUCCAUCAUCAGUUCAUCGUCCGUAAUAGAUGCGGGAUUCAUUUACUUUGUGGUGGGUUCUACUACCAUGGGAUUGGCCUGCGUGUUGUUCGUUGUGGCGUCACAAACCGCGUUUUUCAGACAUUACAUGCGAGCGGCUAAGCCACAGGUGACGAAGAAAAUUAACUCCUUCAAGGAUAUUUUCCGUAUAUUCAAUAUUAUAUAUCUGAUUAUCGGGUUGAAUGUAAUAUUGGCGAUAUUCCCCGUAUUGUCUAUCGCUAAUUUGGUGGUUUCCGAAUUCAAGGACACGGACAAUGUAUGGGGAGAUAAGUAUUUCGUCACUGUAGCGACGUAUUUUAUACCGGCAGUGUGCGAUAUCGUCGGUAGAUUGACGAGCAACAUUUUUGAUAGGGAUUUUUCGAUAUGGUUCCUCUACGUACUUUCGACUGUCAGGACCGCCAUUUUGUCCCCGAUGUUGUUUUUCUCUAACGCGUUGCCGAGAACACGCACCCCCGUUAUAUUCGGCAACGAUUGGGAAUAUAUCUUGAUAAUGGCGGCCACUUACUUCACCCAGUCUUAUUUCGGUAACGUUAUCAUGUUGAAAAUGAUAAGGUCCGUGCCCAAAGACAAAUUGGACUUGACGUUUUCGGUAAACAUGUUCUUCACGGGAACCAUUACUGCAGUGGGGACCCUAUUUGGCAUAAUAAUAGUGGCCUUACUCUAAAUGGACCCCUCCUUCCAACAGUUUACAUCAGAAAUAGACGAACGGAACGAUGGGCCAUAUCUGGAUAGAAUUUUUUUUUUCCAUGGUCUUACUAGUUGAUAGUCACUCGUCUGUGAUAUUAUUGUUUUCAAACUAGCUGCUUAAAAUUUGGUUGCAGUGUUGCUCCUUGUAUCGAAAAGUAGCGACAACUUUGAUUUUUUACGUGAAACACAGUAUGUAUACAGAAUGUUUUCUAAUUGAAUGUCAAUAAUUAAAGGGACGCAAAUUAUUAAGAAGAGGAAAUAACAUACUAAAUAAAGGUGAAGGUUUUUGUAAAAUCUUUCAGAAAAAAUAUUAAUACAUAUGGUGUGCCCUUUAAGAAAAUGGAGAUUUUUCAAUUUAAAAUGAUGCAAAUAUAUUCGUUUAUUUUGAACACAUCCUAUAGUAUUUUUUAUAUUGUCUUCGCUAAUA